AUGCUCGCGCUCCAGGGUUCAUCGUUGGAGCACCUCCUCCGUGUUUUGCCGUUCGACGGCCUCAGCGUCACCAACCCGCCUCCGAAGGGAAAGCAGCUCGGCGCGGGCGGAGGCCAAGUCCGCCUGCGCCGUAACCUGGGCGGCGGCUGUGGCUCCCGCACGCUUCUCAGCCUUAUCCAACCUGGGCCUGAGGGCAGCGGCCCUGCCCGCGUCCUCCGUACCGGCGAGCUUCAGCUUCAGUUUGCAAGAGCUUCUGCUAUGCAAAACAAGAAGUACCUGGGAAUUGACUUCAAUCCUGGUCCAGCAGCUCCAAGGCCAGAUGGCAGUCAUGAAGCCGAUCAGAAUAUCAUUGGCCCCUUCAAUAGCUUCAAUGGGCUUCUCUCCCACAUUGCUGCCCAAAGGGCCACUGUCGAAGAGGCUGCUAGUGAAGAGGAACAUGCUGAAGUUCUUGAGCCCCCGAAGCCAAAGAAGAAGUCUAAAGCUUCAAAGCCUUCUACUGCUCCAAAAGCUUCAAGAGUGAAGCCAUUGCAAUCUGCACCUCCUGAAUCCAGUGUGCAUUCUGAGGAUCAAUCCCGCAUCUCCAAGAAGUCCAAGAAGCCCAAGAAGAUCUCUGGACAUGACCACACCCCUGCUAGCAUUCUGCGAACUGAAGAGAAUUUUAUAGAUCCGUCAAGCAAUGAAGAUCUUGCUGAUGAUGCUCUGGAAAUGCUCAUCAAGAGCGAGCGAGAGGCCGAAAUCUUUAAGGAUUUGCCUCUCUUUGAUGCACAUAUCCUCAACAAUUUCAUCAAUGAAUGGUUUGAAGAUCCUACUCUCAUCAUUGACGAUCUGCAGCUGCCCAUUGACAUCGGUGUCACAUUUCAAGGCAGCAUAGCCAAGGAGCUUGCUAUAGCUCAGAAAAUUGCUCACAAUGAGGCUAUAAAGCAAAAGGCUCUUGGGCGUCCAGGCAUUGACCCCAAGCUGGCUACCAAGAAGAAGAAGAAGAAGCCUGCUGAAGCUGAACCCGAAACCCCAAGGCUGGAAAGACGAAGCAUUAUCUUCCCUGCCAGUAUGACUGGCACGAAGCCAAAGGUCCCUUUUGCAGCUUCUGAGGAGAAGAAGACUAAACUGGUUGAGGCUGAAGCCAAAAAGAGGAAGCAUCUUGACACUUCUGAUGCUGCUCCCUCCCAGAAGAAGCAGAAGACAGAGUCUUCAAAGUCUUCACGCAAAGAACGUGGUACUCCCCAAGAACCAUUGAUCAUUGAGCCCAUCUCUAUUGCACUGCCUGCUUCCACCAAUCGCGAGCCUCGUCUCGCUGUGCAUGAGCCUGCUUCCACAGAGGCUCAUGAGUUUGAAGAUAUUCCAGCUGCUGACUCCACCGCAGCUAAAGACAUUGGCCAUGAUGACAAUGUUGAAGAUGAUGAAGUCCUUCCUCAGAUCCAGCCCAACCCGGUAUCAUCGCCUACUCCAACGAGCAGUGAACUCAUAAACAUUGGCGGUCCCACGAUGCCAAUCACACAAGAUGUAUUCUGGGAAGAGCAACACCCAAACUCCCCAUUGCAUGAAGUCAUCCCUCGCACUCCGCCCGCUCAUGUCACCACUCCGGUGCUUGAGACCCUGCAAGAUACACCAAAAGACAUGGAGAAGACCACUCCUUCACCAAAGGCGUCGCCCUCUUUCAAAAGGCUUUGCAGAGGCCCUAGACCCUCGGUCUCCAUGUCGAGCAUUCCUGAAGAGGAUGUGCAUACCACCAGCUCAGUAGCAUGUCAAGUGUUUCCUGAAGCCAUCCCUUUAGCAACUGCUCAAGAAUCUGAAGCCAAAGCGGUUGACGAUAUUCCGGCUGCAUCUGCCGAUGAAGAAAACGAAGAAGACCGUGAAGUUAUUCCCCCUACCACUGAUCCAAUUGUUCAAGAAGAAGAACUGUUUGUGCCAGACCCUCCAGUCCAUGAAGCCACUAACGUUGAGGCAAAUGUGGCUGCCACCACCACCACUACUGAAGCCAAUGACGUUGUCAAGGAUGAAGACAAUGUGCAGCCCGAAGUCAUUGCUGCCACACAAGACAUUGCGCGGCCAUCCACCUCGGAUGUGGCCAUUCCUCCCCCUAUGCCUCACACCAUGGAAUGUGCGUACAAUCGUGGUGAGCUCGUUACAGUCCGGUGGCCUAUCUUGAUACCACCCAUUGCUCCUGGUCCCUAG